UAUGGCUGAUUAUAUUGCAUUUGCAUAGAAGUAUAAGGAGAUUUGCAAAUGCAUUAUUAUCUAUAUAAAGGAAGCCCAUUUUGUUGAAAGAGAUUAGGAAGGAAAGUUUGUAGAUGGAUGGCCUAUUGGAUUUUAUGAAUAUGAAUAUCCAUAACACAAAAGUUAGGAAGAUAGAUACAAGAUGGCUAAGAAAUUAAAAGAGUAGUAUGAGAUUCCUGAUGAUUUCGAGAUUUAUUUAGAUAUAUUCCCAUAAAAUUUAUUUGAUGAAACAUUUGGAAUUUGGCCAGACAAUAUGGUUAUUUUUAAGGAAUGUAAAUUUAUUUGGAGAGGAAUAGUAAAUUUAGAUGGUUCAAGAGAUAAAUAUCAUUCUAAAUUAUUAGAAGAUAAUUUAUAAAAACUUAAAUAUUGA